AUGUUGAAAGCCCGACUACGUGGAUUCGGAAAGACAGUGUUUUAUACGCCGGAUCAGGUACACGUAACCAAGAACGCAGCUCACACUAAUAAUUACAGAAGAACUCAUCUAUGGUGUGAAAAACGAAGGUCUGCUUACUGGUUGCAAAAGGAAUUACCGACUUUCCAGACGCUAACGAUCGACUUACCGGUUGUAUCGACAUCUGGUGGGUGGUUAUGGAUGGUGGCAUUCUAA